GAAAGGGGAGUUGUUUUGGGAAGCAAAAAAAAAUAGCUCAGUAACAUUACAUAGGCGGACAGUGUGUGUUGUAUAAUUUUACUUUAUUUAAUAAAUAAAUAAAUACAUUGUGUUUAGCAAUGCCGGGAAUGAUGGAAAAGGGAUCAGAGUACCUUGGGAAAGGACGGUCUAACGGAACAAAAAGUCCAUCUAACGCCCCAAAUGGACAUUUUUCAGAGGAGAGUGGCAGCGACGAGGAGCACGAUGUUGGGAUGCGAGUGGGAUCAGAAUAUCAAGCGUGUAUUCCUGAAUUUGAUCCUGGUGCUACAAAGUACACAGAUAAAGAUAGUGGGGGAAUGUUGGUAUGGUCUCCGUAUCACACUAUUGUUGAUACUAAAUUGGAUGAAUAUAUUGUGAUAGCAAAAGAAAAGCAUGGAUACAAUGUUGAACAGGCUCUGGGCAUGUUAUUUUGGCACAAGCACAACAUUGAAAAGUCACUUGCUGAUCUCCCAAACUUCACCCCUUUCCCUGAUGAGUGGACAGUGGAGGAUAAAGUUCUGUUUGAGCAAGCCUUCAGUUUUCAUGGGAAGAGUUUCCACAGGAUUCAACAAAUGCUACCAGAUAAAACCAGUUCAAGUUUGGUGAAAUAUUACUACUCUUGGAAAAAAACAAGAUCCAGGACAAGUCUGAUGGACCGUCAGGCCAGAAAAUUAGCAAACAGCACUAGUCAAGAAGAAAGAAGCCAUUUAUCAUGUUUGAUUUGGCAUUUUAGUGAUGAGGAGAUGGAAGAGGCAAAUCCAAAUGAGGCAAAUGAUAGCGAUUAUGACCCAAGUAAAGAAACUAAAAAAGAGAGUAAUUCUGAACAGCCUGUCCAGAACAGUAAGAUUGGGUUGGGUCGAAGAGAGCACCAGAAUCUGCAGCAUCGCCACCAUUCACAGCGUUCCAAGUGCCGCCCUCCCAAAGGCAUGUACCUGACUCAGGAGGAUGUGGUAGCUGUUUCCUGUAGUCCCAGUGCAGCAAGCACUGUUCUUAGACAACUGGACUUGGAGCUAAUUUCAUUAAAACGACAGGUCCAAAAUGCUAAACAAGUAAAUGGUGUUCUGAAACAGAAGAUGGACAUAGGUAUAGAUGACUACAGACUGCCUGAGUGUAACCAGAAAAUAAAUGCCAGAUGGACUACAGAUGAGCAGCUUCUUGCAGUACAAGGUGUCCGAAAGUAUGGGAAAGACUUCCAAGCUAUUGCCGAAGUUAUCGGUAAUAAGACCGUAGGUCAGGUAAAAAACUUCUUUGUAAACUAUCGUCGUCGAUUUAACUUGGAGGAGGUGCUGCAGGAGUGGGAGGCAGAACAGGGAACUCAGGCCCCCAACGGUGACACUGCUACCUCAGGGGAGGAGGGGAAGAACACUUUCAACAGCCCAUCAGGGAAAAAUACCGACGAAGAGGAGGAGGAGGAGGAGGAGGAGGAGGAGGUGGAGGAGGCCUCGGUGAUGCCAUCUUCUGGUCCGUCUCCUCCAGCCCAAGUGUCUUCUGCCCUAGCUCCUGUAACGCCUACACCUUCAUUCAACCAGCCACCCCGCCUCCUCCGGCCAUCUCUCCCAGCCACUCCAGCCCUCCACCGGCAGCCUCCCCCAUUACAGCAGCAGUCUCGAUUCCUUCAACCAAGGCCUACCCUUAACCAGCCGCCACCUCCGCUCAUCAGGCCGGCCAGUCAAAUGCCACCCCGUCUGAACCCAAGGCCAAUCGUACCAACUGUCAGCGGACAGCAGCCACCAACACUGAUUGGAAUCCAGGCAGAAACACAGUCCUCCUCCCUGCACUGAAUAUAUUGCAGUUGCAACUUUAUUUUUGUAUAUUUUUUUUUUUUUUUUAUAUUUUUUUUUUUUUUUUUAGAGACCAGAACUUUUACAUAUGAAGUUGCAUAUAGUGUGUCUGAUUUUAACUUACAGUUGUAACUUCUGAGUUUGCUGUGUGUUUAUUUGAAUAGACAAUUUUGUUUAAGAUGAGUGAACCUUGUAGAAAAGGUUCAUGUUAUCAAUGGAUAACAAUUUUAUUUGUGUUUUACUUGUCAUCAUUGCACUUAUGUGGAGUACAUUUUAUCAUCAGAUAAAUACAAAUAAGAAAAAGUAACUUUAACAGUAAUUUCACUUGUGACCCAGUCUUUUAUUGAAAUGCUAUACUAAGCUGUUAAGUAGAUGAUACAAAUUAGAAAUAUGUGUAUUUAUUGCAUUUUGAUGUGCAGAUUUAGCCGAAGGGGACAACCAAAAGCUGUAUUUACUCCCAUGUAAUCUGUGCAACACCGAAGACACUACAAAGUUGAUAUGAUAUAUCUAAAGGCAUUAGUGAGAUGUGUUUUGUAUGACGAGGAAUCAUUUUAUGCCAUGGGCAUAAGUGAUGUACGCUGGAUUUCUUUUGGCAUGGCUUGGUUAAUUACUUUAUCAAGGAUGUUGUUUUCUCUACUACAGAACUAAACAUUAGUUGUGUGUGUGUAUAUAAGCAGUUAUUUAUUUUUCUACUUGGAGCUAUUGACUCUGGACAUAUUUCGCAUUUAUGCGAGGAGUAAUUAUCACCAUAGAAGUGCACUUAAUUCCACAGAAGUGUUUUAAAAAAUAAAGUGUCUCUUAAAGAAAAGAGUAACAGUUGAAAAUAUUUGUUUGGUUGCUCUUAUCAAACUGGAAAAGGAAUAUGUAAGUCAUGGAUUUGUCAUUGAAGUUUUUAAAAGGGAGAAAAAAUGCAAGUUUUUUUUUUUUUAAGGUAAAAUGUUGUCAUUUACAUUCCCUUUGUAACUCUAUUGUGUGCACUUCCAAGAAUUAUUUUAGAAAUAUGUUCCCAGUUCACAUUAAUCAUGUUUGUAGAAUGAGAUGGGGUUGUUUCUGUAGUUAUUUUACUUGACUGUUUGAAUUUGUGUGCAGAGUGAUUCCGUUUUGAAUAGUUCAGGAAUAUGGGAUAGGGAGUGUUUUUUUUUUUUUUUUUUGGCUCUGUCAAGCUAUUUUGCUUGCUUGUCAAAGAAUUUCAAAAGAACAACCUGCUAGUAAUCACCCCUCAUUGAGAAAGUAAUUUUUCACAAUGUUUUAAUCGCUGGUUUAGGCCCUGCAGGAUUUUUAGAAUUAAUCUUGAUACAUAAAGCAGCUGAAUUCUGGAAAGUUCAUCUAAUUUAACAAUCAUGCACAAAUGAAUAAAACAUUAACAACAAAAUAGGAUACAAAAAAUUAGGGGAAUUAUUAGCAACUACAUUUCAUUUGGUUUUCUGCUCCUGCUACCUUUGUGCUUUAAACAGUGCAUGAAUUGUGUUUGCUGGUAUUAAUUCAAAGAAAAUUAAUCUGAGGGUUUUGACAGUGGUUUUGUAAUCUGCAUCUAAAAAUGUGUCCUUGCUUUGUGGACGUGAUUUAUGAUAUGUCCUGUAGGGUAGCAAUUAUUCAGGCAUUCUAUUGUCUCGCUGUUGUCUUAUUGUGCUAACUUUUUAUUUACUAUACGUUCAGUAUGAUACAAUUUCAGCAUAAGAGAUGUUUAGAUUAUUAAUUCUAACAACGUUUGCAACAGUUUAACAAAAACAAAAUGUUUUACCAAAUAACAACAUAAAACUUGUACUGUGCAAAGAGAACUGAUGUUUUUUUUAGCAUGUUAUGCAGUGUUAAAGUUGAGUCUGGUAUGGUAUCUCAACAAAUGUGUUGGUUUUUUUUUGUUUUACUUCACUUUAUCAUUUUCAGUUUGUGUUAUUAAAUCCUUGACUAAAAGCUUAAAGAACCACUGUGGCCUCAAGAUACAUACAUAGCUGUAAAUAUAUUGUCUAUGCCACACUGCCCCUAGUGGGUGCAAGACAUACAACACCUGUUUUUGUUGUGUUUUACUGAUAUAUUUAUUGCAUCCACUCGAGGGCAGUGUUGGACGGUGACAGGUUAAUAGUCACAUUCUGGUUAAACAAAUGUAGUUACAGAAUGAGUAAAAGGAUGUUAAAAAGUAAAAUGAUGGGAUGACCUAAAGUGCAUCUACCCCACAAGAAAAAUAAAUUGUAAACUGAAAGUUCACCUCCAUGUAGUUACUCUCCAACAUUAAAUAUCUGAAGUGUAAAGAUGGCAACAGAGUUCAAAUUUAGCCCUAGGGUGAGUGUAUUUUUUAAACUGAUCAUGAUAGUCUUACCUGUUUGGCCUAUCUUGCAUACCUCUGAUUUCGUGUUUUUACAUUACGGAUGCAGCUGUUACGUGCAAAAUGUUCGACUUUUAACCUGCACGACUGAUUCAGGUACUGCAAUCAAAAGAAAAAUAAACAAAUAAAAAAAUACAUAAUGAAAGUGAAAAAUGCACAGAUUUUGAAGGGAAAGCAGUUAGUGUUAAAAAAACAAAGCUCUGGCUUGUUGGAAGUGUAUUUAAAAAAAAAAAAAUCAACACAAGAUAACUACUAAUCUGCUGGCUUUCUCUAUGCGUGGUAAUUUGCAAGAAAUGUAUUCUACAAGCCUACUGCAAUAAUCUUUCACUGUGUGACCUAUUGCCUGCCAUUUGUAAUGGCAAGAUCUUUUGUUUUUUCAUGCUCAUCAAGGGCCAUCUUUUACUUUAUAAACAUGAAAACGGGGAUUGACCCACUCUAACAUUUUAUCAUGAACCUUUAUGUUACCAAAUAUUAGCGUGAGAAGUACAUGUUGUCAAGAAGGACUUUAAAAGCUGCAUGUCCUCAGUGUCUUUAAAGUGAGUUUAGUAUUAACUUUUUUUUUUUUUAACAUCACUAAAAUUUAAGAUGUUUGUGAAAUAAAUCCCUCCUUAAUUUUCACCUCUAUUGAAAUCCUAAUCCUAAUUUUUUUGUAUCAUGCUUGAAUAAAAAACAAUUCGUCUACUGCAUUCUAUAUUUAAGUCGUCUUAAAGUUGUAAUUUUUUUUUUUUUAAACAGUAUGUGCUUGGUUAUUUUAUAAAUGAGUCUAUAUAAUUUACUAUUGUGUUUUCAAAGUAACAUGCUUCAUGUGUGUUUUCAGUUUUAACGUAUAUUUAUGGCUUUGCCAUUAGUGUCAUUUUGUGUCAUGUACAGUUUUUAACAAUAAUCUUAUAGCUGAUAGUACAAAUUGUGGGGUAUUACAACUUUUUUGGUAACUUGGUGAUAUUUAGACUUUUUAGGCGACAACAGCAGGUUAUUCUGUUUUACAUGUCCAUUGACAAUUUCCAUCGUUCACAUCUGCUGAAAAUAGCCUUUCAGUUUACAAUGGAACCUCUUAUUUUCAUUUCCAAAAGCACGUUCCAAUGAUGGAUGGUUAUGAAACCCCUGACUAGCGCAGUAUGGCUGGGAUAUUUGGUUUGUGUUGUACCCUACUGUAAUCAUUUGGCAUUUUCAGUAUAUAUCCUAUGUAGGAAAUGUAACAUGACUUGAACAUGAAGCUAGUAUGCUACAUAAUGGUUAUGCACCUACCAUUCUGUCAUUAGGGAAAGAGACUGCCAAGUCACUUGGAUACAUUAGACUUUCUCAUACUGUGUUACUCCGUUUAAAGUGCUACUUUUAAGACUUUCCUGUACUGUAUGUAGAAAAUUGCGCACAAGUUUUGAAAACCUCAACAUAUGUACUUGCAAUAUAGUAUAUGUUUGUACAUAAUGGAAGUUUUUUUUAUUUUUUAUUGUUAUGUACUUUGCUAGGUGUAAAGCAUUAAAAGUACCUAUGUAAAUGGUAUGUUUGUGCAUGUAUAAACUGUAAUAGUUUAUUGCCAAUUGGUGGUCCAAGCAUUACAUGCUUGUUAUAAGCAUUAAAGUUCAGAAGUAGUAUGGGUGCUGCUGCUUUUUAUUUAGUUCAGUUUCUUCCUGCAUAUUCCUCUGUGUAUUCAAGUAUCCAUUUCGUGAUGGGCUUUUUAACAACCUCCACAUAGUUUGUCAAACUGGAUGUAAUUAGUGUCCACACACACAUCAAGUGUUUUUAGGAACACAAUUGCAAUGCUUGUUUUGGGAAAGUAUGACAACAUUGAACACACCAGUGAUGGUAAAUAAAUAGUCUCACAAUAAGUAACAGUAUAAGAUAG